UCCUCUCUCUCUCUCUCUCUCUCGCUCUCGACCUCCACAGUUCACUCUCUGGUUCUCUUCCUAGCCCGUGAUUCCCCUGGCCAGAGAUCGGAAAAUCAGAAAGGCUUGAGGCGAGGAGUUGUUGGAUCGAGCAGUAAUAGUGGCGAAAUGCGGGGAUUAUUGCGGUUUUAUUUUCCGACCUUCACCCUAAUUGUCGUUUGACUUGGUUCUCGUUUGUGAGGGACAUCAAUGGCUGCUGAUAUGGUAAAUUCGGCAACAAGUGAGAAAUUAAAAGAGAUGGAUUGGGCCAAGAAUAUCGAGAUUUGUGAACUUAUUACACAUGAUCCAUUGCAAUCCAACGCUGUCAUCAAGUCAAUAAAAAAACAGUUAAAGAAUAAAAAUGUUAAUACGCAAUAUUUCUCUGUUAUGUUGCUGGAAAUGGUAAUGAAUAACUGUGGAGAGCAAGUUCACAAACAAGUGAUUGAUAAUGAAAUUUUGUCAAUUCUAGUAAAGAUCGUGAAGAAAAAGUCUGACUUGCCUGUUCGAGAAAGAAUAUUUCUUCUUCUUGAUGCAACCCAAACAGCCCUUGGAGGAGCCUCUGGAAAAUACCCACAGUACUAUGCUGCAUACUUUGAACUUGUUUCUUCUGGAGUACAAUUUUCUCAGCAGCCUCAUGUUGUCAUACCUCAAAAAUCUUCUCCCCAAAAGCAAGCAAACAAUUUUCAAUCUCAAGAAUUCCCGUCUCAGAAACUAGGGAAUGUUGUGAAACAGCUAACCACUCAGUCCAUACCUGACUCGAGCGUAAUACAUAAAGCUUCUAGCGUCUUGGAAGUACUGCGUGAUGUGUUGAAUGCUCUAGAUCCCAAGCUUCCACUGGGUGCAUCUGAUGAAUUUAUAUUGGAUCUAGUGGAACAAUGCUCAUUUCAGAAGCAACGAAUCAUGCAGCUAGUGAUGACCUCACGGGAUGAGAAGUUGGUUACUCAAGCCAUUGAGUUGAACGAGCAGUUACAUCAGGUAUUAUGUCACCAUGAUAGACUUCUCUCAGUUAAUGCUACAGCUACUCCAGCUUGUGAUGCCCAUGGGGAAGGGGAGGAGGAAGAGGAUGCCGAAAGCCUAUGGCGAAGAAUAAGGAAAGGAAAAGCAUGUGCUGAGGAGGAUUCAGAUGAGUCGGUAAAUAUUUUCAGAUCCGUUCCCAAGGAAAAGAUGAGCCGACCUAUCAUCAGACCACUAUUCAUUCAACCAUCUGAACUAGAUGGUAAACCUUGCCCACCUGACAAUCAGUCUAUUGGUUUAGGAAGCAAACAACAUUCGAGAGCCGAUUUACCACCUCCACCGUCUCAACACAGAGAGAGGGAGAGCUUCUUUAACAACAAAGCCAUGGACAGUUCAGGUCUCGCAGCUCAUGUCAGGGGUUUAUCGUUGCACAACCACGACAGCAACAGCUCUGGAAGUUGCAGCACUGAUUCUAGUGAAAGAGAUGUAUUUGGUUUUCGUGAUUGAUGGCCGUUAGAAGACUAAUGCUUAUGAUAAAUUGCAAUUGUUUUCCCCUAGACCAUGCUGACCAUUCCAUUCAUUGUAAUUUAUCUUCUCUUUGGUUUGGAGAAGUGAGUGCUGUAUAUAACAUGGCAGGAAAAUCAAUGGCUAUUUUAUCAGGUUACCAUCUCA